CGGGCGCCGUCGUUGCCAGUUGUGUUGUGCUGUCAACGCGGGCGCUCGUAAUCUGUGCGCGUGUAGUUAAUUUGUGUUUUGAUAUGAACGCGCUUUCUCUAUCAGUUUGGUGUGAGUGCAAUACCUAAACAUAUGCACUACACCAUGUCACAAGAAAACAUCAAUAGGAUUUCACACGAACCUACGUCGUCUGGUGAUGUUUCAGACAAUGACUGUGUAGAAUUAAGAAAGGAUAGAACCACUGUCAAAGAUAUGAUUCUUCGGUUCGAACGCACUGGUAUCAACCUCGGUAGUUCUAGUGAAUCCCUGGAGAGACUUAAAGACCCUCUCCUGGGUAGUCUAACAAGCGUUGUAAAUCCAAUUCAUUUACACUUUCAACAUUUGUGUCAAGUGAACGCAACUCCAGAUAGAAAUUCAAAUGUGUCUGUAAAUUCUAUCUUAUCAAACGUUUCGGAAAUAAGUUAUGAAUCAAGUUCUUCAGGAUUCAUUUCGGAUCGUAAGUCAUCAUCUCUUAGACCACACAGGCCAGCGCCACCGCCACCAGAACCUUUCAACGAUGGCUCUUCGGUUGAGAGCAAGUCUCCAGUUCCAGAGAAAACUACUGAAAAAGAGAGGCGUUAUUCAUUUGCUACACCUUCCACUUCACCAAUUGUGCAACGACGAUCACGACAGCCGCCCGUAAUAAGAAGAAAAUCAACAAUCGGUGGACAAGGACACAAUAUUGGCGAGACGCUUUGGUCAUAUGGUGUAAGACAAAGUGAUUUAGAAAAAUUAUUACGAUUGAAACAAUCUGAAUCAUCAGACAAUGAAGAAGAAAUGAAGGCGAAUAUAAUUAAAGCUUCAUCAAAUGAAAUUCGUUCUAGUAGUAAUAGUAGUAGUAGUAGCAGUAGUGACGAUACUAACGACAGUGAUAAACUUAAAGAAAGUGAUGAAUACAUUGUAAAUAACGAUGAAGGUAAAGCGGAUACGUUAUCAACAGACCAAUCCACUGAUACAUUAAUAAACGAUUACGAAAGUGAUGAAGCAGACAAUCUAUCGGAGAGGUCUGGUGGAUCUGGGGAUCGUAGCAAUUUCGAUAAUGUUAGCAUCAAAUCGAUAUCAUCCCUUGACAUGGUUCCUUACCAAAAGUAUGACAGUAUUACGGUAUCUUCAGACGAGUUUGGGUCCGAGGUGUGCCAUGCACCCGAUACAGAAUUCCUCACUGUGAGUGCAGUAAACGAGUGGUGUGUUUCAAAGUCCAUAGAACCGGUAUUAAUGCCAGUGGAAUCAAAAAAGGAGAAAUAUAGAAGGCGGAUGACUGAACGCGUGAAUGAGUUGCUACACACCGAAAAUGUGUACGUCGAGCGACUAAGGCAUGUGGUCGAUGAUUACAUCCCAGAAAUGUCUCGAGAAGAUUUACCAAUGACACUUAGAGGGUCGAAGACGGACAUAUUUGCGAACAUUGAACGAAUAUGUCGGUUCCAUGCAGAGGAAUUCCUCCCAGCCUUGAGAGACUGCGAAAAUGAUCUAAGGAAACUUGGACAAUGUUUUCGGAGAUUCGAGCAAAGGUUUAAUAUGUACGUAAUGUACUCUAGAAAUAAUAAGAGAGCAACUAGACUGGUGUAUGAGCACAAACAAUUUUUCCAGCGACGACAGUUAGAAUUAGGUGAUAGAUUAGAUCUCUCUAGCUACCUUUUAGAACCGGUGCAAAGGAUACCGAGGUAUAAACUGUUUCUGGAUGAUCUCGUAAAAACUUAUAUAAACUACGAAAAUGAGAGGUGUGAAUCGGACUCUAGAAUAUCUAAAUUAAGUGUGGACAGUGAUGAAACGGGCGGUAGCAAUGGAGAGUCGGAGACUUAUGAAACACCGUUAGAAAGUUUGAAACUAGCUAAAACUAUGAUUGAAUGUGUUCUGACAGCGGUGGACGGGAUCAUGGCUUUGGAAAAUAUAAGAGAUUGCCCUCCUUAUUUGAACCUGUUGAAUCAGGGAAGAUUGUUACGCCAGAAUGAAUUCUACGCGAUGGACAACGCGCGCCGGCGGCGACAACUCAUGAGAAUCUUUCUGUUUGACAAAUUGAUACUCAUUACAGCUGUUUAUAGGAAGCAACUGACGGUUGAGUUCUUUAUAUAUAAAGAUCACAUACCGGUCGACGAUCUUGGCAUAACGGCAAAAGAGCAUGACCAGUACAAAUUCAGCAUUUGGUACAAGAAGAGAAAUCUCAAGUCAUACAAAUUGGAGACAAGAGAUUCAGCGAUAAGGAACGGUUGGGUCGAGGAGAUAACUUCGUUGCUUUGGGAACAGGCUAUGCAGAAAAAAGAACUUUUACUGCAACAGCGUAGUAAACGAGUUUCCAUGGUGUCUAUGGACAGUCAAGAGUCCACAGAAACUGAGGGCAAGGACGAUAAAUGUCUGUUAGAUGGUUUUGUUCUCGUAGAAGUGCACCCAUGAGUUGCUUUGUAGAUAAUUCUCUCAGAGGCGUGCCUGGCGAAGUUCGUCGUUCGGGAGACAAGAAAUUUCGAAGAACGACUUGGUAUUGUGAAUGAGGUCAGGCGCUUGAUGCAUCUGAAUUAAACGACAGGGAAAAAUACAACUAUAGGAUUUAACAGAGGCAAAUAUACGUUCAAAAACUGAUUCGAAAAGAAAGUUACUUUAUCAUACCGAUGAAGUAGUGGAAUGAUUCGAGAGUAUCUCAAUGAUAGUGUUCCAUGAAAAUCAGAUUUGAGAUGUAAGUCGAUGUUGAUACCUUUAAGUUAUAGAUGCGCAUAAAGUGUAAUGUGGCACGAGUGGCAAAAGUAUCGUAACUUGACUGCACUAGACUUUCCAAAGAUUAUAUUUCAAAUAUUAACGUAUUAAAUACGUCUUGUAAAAAUUUAUCGUAUAUAUUUGUAUUUAAAGUAGUAACAAUUGAUUAAAGUUAAUGUUUGUAUUAACUUCGAUUCGAUGUUUGUGAUAACAUGUAUGUAUUUAGAUAAUUUUAUUGAGCUAAUUAAUCAUCAUAUCAGUCAUUAUUGUUAUUGUUAUUAAACUAAUAUACAUUUACGGCCUUGCUAAUAAAAAGUUAAACAACGGAUAAAUUUUCUACCAUAGCUUUGUCCUGCUCUUGCUCUCAUGAAACGUCAAUCAUAAAAACAAGACAGGUUAUUGCAAUAACUAAUCCAUUGCAAAGCGAAUGAGUAUCAUUUUAUUAGUAAGACAGUUAGUUAUAAAAUCAUAAAAUUAUCAAAUAUUUUGUACAUAUGCCUAGUUAGGAUUUUCAAGGAUUAUAUUUAAUACUUUUCCGUGUAUAGUAAAAGCAAUAUAAUAAAAUAUUAUUUUUUAA